GUUCACCUCCCAAGUCGCCACGCACGGAGACCCCGACCCCUCCUCGUCGGGGCCCCCGUCUGCGCUCCCCAGUCGCCACUCCCACCACCGCCGGCUCACCUGUCCCCUCGCGCACAGCAAGCCCCGCUCCCAAACCCCGUCUGCGCCCCUCCCCCGCGGCGGGGCCGCCAUGCUCCUCUCGGGCCCGCAGCCCACCCCGCCGCUGCUGCUCCCGGAGAGCAGCGGCGAGGACGGCGGCGGCGGCGCCCACGACCUCGACUCCUCCUCGCGCGGCGGUGGCGCCGCCUCGGCCCCGAAGAAGCGCGCCGAGACGUGGGUCCAGGACGAGACGCUCAGCCUCAUCGCGCUGCGCCGGGAGAUGGACAACCACUUCAACACCUCCAAGUCCAACAAGCACCUCUGGGAGGCCAUCUCCGCCAAGAUGCGCGACCAGGGCUUCGACCGCUCCCCGACCAUGUGCACGGACAAGUGGCGCAACCUCCUCAAGGAGUUCAAGAAGGCGCGCAGCCACGCCCGCAGCAGCGGCGCCGCCGGUGGGAACGGCGCCGCCAAGAUGGCCUACUACAAGGAGAUCGAUGACCUGCUCAAGCGCCGCGGGAAGGCGGCCGGACCGGCCGCGGGGGCUGGCGGCGGAGGAGGCGCCCCGAAGAGCCCCACGCCCACCUCCAAGAUCGAGUCCUUCCUCCAAUUCGCGGAUAAGGGUUUCGAAGAUGCUAACAUUCCAUUUGGCCCUGUUGAAGCGAACGGUAGAUCAUUGCUGGGCGUUGAUGAUCGUCUGGAGCCUGACAGGCAUCCCCUUGCCUUAACCACAGCUGAUGCAGUUGUGGCCAGUGGUGUGAACCCAUGGAAUUGGAGAGACACUUCAACUAAUGGUGGAGAUAAUCAAGCCACUUUUGGUGGGAGAGUUAUUUUAGUCAAGUGGGGUGACUACACUAAAAGAAUAGGCAUUGAUGGCACUGCUGAGGCGAUUAAAGAGGCCAUCAAAGCGGCAUUUGGCUUAAGAACAAAACGAGCUUUUUGGCUUGAAGAUGAAGAUGAGGUUGUUCGUUCCUUGGACAGAGAUAUGCCCAUCGGAACAUAUGCCCUGCAUCUUGAUGAUGGGAUACCAAUCAAGCUCUGCACAGAUGCUGACCGCAUGACAGUCCGGACAGAAGAUAAGACGUUCUACACUGAAGACGACUUCAGAGAUUUCCUGUCGCGGCAAGGUUGGACACUCCUCAGGGAGUAUAGUGGCUACAGAGUCGUUGAUACUCUGGAUGAUCUUCGCCCUGGUGUGAUUUAUCAGGGGAUGCGUUCGCUUAUCGAUUGAUUUUUUGUCAGCAUUUCCCUCACAAAGGGCAUCUAAUUUCUGUCCACAAUAGAAGUGGACCAUACAGUUUAACAUAGUUUGAAGCCAAGCGAGUCUUGGUUACCUCUCACUAUAUAUGUAUGUAAAUCACACCAGUCAUCUUCCAGAUGACGAUCAAAGAGCCUUGGAGACAAGUUCAUUCAGCAAGGUAUUAUGCUGGGUACCGCAUUA